UAUCUGGAGCAAGAAGAACAUGGGAGAGAAAAGAGGGAGAGGUGACCUGAACGGCUUCAGGAUAUACCUAGACGAGCUCCGUCCCUCACAGGUAGAGUGGGAUCCUUGGAGAGUGGCAGAGCCAGAGCCUGAAUACCUGGCCAGGAGCAGGGUUGUGACAGCGAGCAGAGUGAUGCUGGAGUCGGCCUUUGGUUGGCAGUGGUACCUGGGCGACCGAGUGACACGCCAAUCACUUGGCCAUGCAAGGUUCCAGGUGCCCGGACCGCUUCCACCACGGGCCUCACACACAGGGGAGUACACACUGGCCGAGUUAGAGAUCUUCACGCGGCUCGACACCGACUUGACAUGCUACCUGCGUCUCGGCAUGGACUAUGCAAUUUACCAGAGAGAGCGCUUGGCAGGGCCGCUGAGAGUGCGAGAGUUUAGGGAGAGCAGUGGUGAGAGUCGCGCGAGACGGGGUCCGAGCGGACUUGUGAGAGGUGGGCCACCAGAGUUGACGUGGCAGAUAGCAGUGGUGGACUUUCAGGGCAAUCCAGCUGAGCUACACCUAGUCCCUGCCAGAGUUGAGCCAGCGCCCGUCACCGUGCCGGUGCCCAAUGAGUGGGUGAACGAGGCUGUUCGGCGCAUGCUCGCACUGGAGAACGUGAAAAGGCGGGCGGCAAGUGGCCUGCCUUUGGACUUGCGCUACCCUCCACCGGCAGCUCAGAGAUCUCAGGCUGAACCACCGCGCGAGACAUGGAGUCCAUCACGCGAUGAAGUGGAUGUUGAGUACUUCAGGGGACAGUGCAGAGAUGCCCUGACUCUGGAGAAGAGGAUGCCACGUUGUAUGGAUGUUUGCCCUGAGAAAGGAGGACACCUCGUGUAUUCUGUCUAUAAAAUGGGAAAUGCCCUGCUAAUGAAAAGCAUUUCUCCCACAGUUCGAGAAUCUCACAAGAAGCAGAAUGGCAAAUAA